AUGAAUAGCGUGUUCCGGGACUUCUUGGAUGAAUCAGUGAUCAUCUUCAUUGAUGAUAUCCUGAUCUACUCCAAGGACGAGGAAUCUCAUCGGAAACAUUUGAGAGCCAUGCUGGAACGAUUACGAGAGCACAAACUUUUUGCUAAACUCAGCAAGUGCAGUUUUUGGCAAAAGAGUAUUGGGUUCCUCGGUCAUAUUGUUUCUGACCAGGGCGUCUCAGGGGAUCCAGAGAAGAUCAGGGCAGUCAAGGAUUGGCCCCGACCAUGCAGUACCACAGAAGUUAGAAGCUUCCUAGGGCUGGCAGGUUACUAUAGAAAGUUUUUGAAGGGAUUUGCAAGCUUGGCUCAAGCUAUGACAUGGUUGACUGGGAAGGACUUUAAGUUCACAUGGUCUGAUGAGUGUACGAGAUGA